AUGCUCUUAGAUGCCGGUUAUCGUUCAAGCGGUAUCUACACAAUCUACCCAGGUGGAGUCUGUGCUGGUAGGCUCAGUGUCUACUGUGACAUGGAAACUGACGGCGGAGGAUGGAUCGUGUUUCAAAGGCGACAAGAUGGCAGCGUAGACUUCUACUGUAACUGGACCGAAUACCAGUCUGGCUUUGGUGAACUGUCCGGUGAGUUCUGGUUGGGCAAUGACAACUUGGUGACUUUGACGUCUGAUGAUUCACGUGGAACAUGGGAGCUACGAGUUGAUUUAGAGGACUGGGAGAACAACACGGCAUGGGCAAAGUACUCAGAUUUCCAAAUAUCCCCUGAUGAGUACAAUCUGAAUAUUGGCCAAUACGAUGCCAGCAGCACUGCCGUUCUCAAUGCCGCUGAGGCUGCUGUACGGCCAAAUUAG